AUGUCGGCGACUCCAUCUUCAACCCAUAAUAUACCGGUGUUAAUCAGUCAAUAUGUGGCUGCUGUGGGUACCAACAAUGAUGACGUAUUGCAGAACUACGUUUCCGAAAUUGUUGAUUUAUUCACCACAACUCAACUUACAUUACUUCAAUUUAUCCAACAACUAGGCCCCACUUUGACUUCAGAUAACGAAGUAAUGAGGAGUCGCGGGAUGCAAUUCUUGAGCUCGGUGUUGAGUCAGUUACCGCCUGGUCACUUGUCAAGACAAGAUGUUGGUGUAAUGAUUGAUUUCUUGAUGAAUAAAUUUGACGAUAAAUUGAGUCUAAUUCAUGCCUUGAGUGGAAUUAAUACCUUGAUUGGUUGCAAACUUUAUACGAAUAGUUUGAAUAGCGAGAAGAUACUUGCUAAACUUUCGAAUGGGUAUGACCCAAGAAAGAAUUUAGCUAAAGUUCGCCAUGAAGCAUUUCAAAUUUUGAGUAGUUUGUUGGAUAACAACAAGGUUUUUAUUACCACUUCAGUGGCUGAUUUGUACGUCAAGACUUUUAUUCACAUUGCAUCAGGUGAGAAAGAUCCUCGCAACUUAUUACAAUCAUUUAAAUUGAAUAGGAGAAUUAACAAAGAGUUUGGAUUUGGUGAUUCUGAGUUGCAUAAGGAGUUUAUUACCGAUCUAUUUGAUGUGUGCUUUUGUUAUUUCCCCAUUUCAUUCACUCCACCAGCUAAUGAUCCCUACAAGAUCACCCCUGAGGAAUUGAAAUUGCAAUUGAGACAAGUGAUUGCAUCACAAUCGCGCUUUGCUACUGAGUCGAUACCGAGCUUGGUGGAGAAACUAGCAUCCACAAACCCAGUGAUUCGUAAUGAUACAUUAAAGACAAUUGCAUUAUGCGUGGAGAAUUAUACAGCUGAUACAGUGAAUUCGCACUGGCUUUCAUUAUGGAAUGCGUUAAAAUUCGAACUUUUACAUAAUGAGUGUGCGCCAUUCAAACCUACUAUGGAAAGUAUUGUACCUGAGGACUAUACGUCAAUUGAUGACAAUGAUGAAGUGAAGGUGUUGUUUUUGACAUUGGUUAUAUUGGAAACUAUGGUGAAUAAAUUACCACAAUCGAGGGAGAUGUUACAAACGGUGGUUGAUGAAUUAGGACCAAAUUUGCAAAAGGACAAGUCGAAACCAUCGGUGGUUAUUUUGGCAUCAUUAGCAAGCACUUCAUUGGAGAAUUACAAUUUCAUCAUUGACUACUUGUUUAGCUUUGGUGUCUGGGGGAAAUACUUUAAUGUGGGGAACAAUGACAAUCAUCCCGAGGAUUCUGACACUGAUAUGGAUAAGAAUGAGGACUUCACAUUGAACAUUUCCAAACAGCGUGAUUUAGUUGAUAAUUUAGGAUUCAUAUUGAUUGCUUAUCCAUCACCGGGUCCGACUAAUUUGAUCAAAUACAAAGACCAUUUACUCAUUUUCCUAUGUCAAAUCCUAUCCAAUUCGUCCAAUUUGGAAAAGACCUUGAGGUGUAAAGUUGUUCAACAAUUGAGCAAGUUGAUGACGAUACCACAAUUCUUAACCACCACCAAUACUCAAUUAAUUUUACAAAUUUUUAAAACACAAAUUGAAGAAAAUUUGGCCUUGGCAAAGAAAGAUUUGGUUGUUGAUGAAAUUGUCGGUAAUUUAUCAUCCAUAAUGGCGAAUGACCCUCUGUUUACUUCAAUUAUUAUUGAUCAAAUUGUGAAUCCCGUCUUGAAUGGUGAAGCAAUUGCCCAUGACGCAAAUUUCAAGUAUGUGCUUGACAUUAUUCAAAAUUUGACCAUCAAUCAUCAAGUUUUAGAAAUUGUUUCGAUUCGAUUAAUGAAUAAGACGGAAUUAACGGUUGAUUCAUUGCAAGUUGUUAUUGAAUUUUUCAUUUCAUUGUUGAAUAAAGUUGAACUUGUGCAACCAUUUUUAACCAAUUCAUGGUAUAAGAAAUUCAUCCCCAAUUUAAUGAAUAAAUUAGUUCAAUUGGUUCCUGGAAACUACGGGAUGAAUGAUGGAGAACUUGACAAUGGGGUGUUGGGGUUGUUGGAAGUCAGUGGUGAUUUGAUUCGAAUCAUUAUUCGAUUCAUUGAUGUGGGUAAACAUCAGUCGAUAUUGAAUGAAAUGUAUGACAUAUUUUGCACUGAUGGCGACAGUGAAUCUAAAUUGUUGUUUGUGUACCAGGGCAAUUUAUCACAUCGACCCGAUGCAUAUAUCACCAUUUACAAUAAGGUUAUUUCGGCGAUUGAUAAAUCAUGUCAAUUGGCACAGGUGCAAGAUGCAGUAUCGUCAGUGACGACAAUCUUGUCCCAUUUGCAAGACAAGUAUUUGCGAGUACAGUACUUGCAACAUCUUUGUCUCCUUGUUAAUAAAUUUGGAUCGCAGUUGACGACUCAAUUCACCCCGGAGUUGAGUUUUACCAAUUUAAACCAAUUUGAAAUUUACAUUUGGACAUUGAAGGCCAACUUGCUAAAAAUUGAUGCUAAGGGUAUAUCUUCUUUAGUUGACUUGCUUGAUAUUUAUCAAUCAUCAACUACUUCCGUCCAUCAUAAACUCAUGAUUAUUAGAGCGUUGCCUUUACUUGUCAUUGACUUGAAGGUGUUUGUCAAUAUGCCACCGGCAUUGUCUAAGAAAAUCGUAUCUAAAGUGAACAAUCUUAAUGUGAAAUUGUUAUAUAAACAACAAGUGUUUGAGACGGUGUUGCCUUACUUGCUUAAUGAGGGUGUUGGUGACGCGCAGGGUGAUGAUAGAGGUGAUGGAGAUAGUGAUGUAGAUGUCUCAAGGUUGAACAUUGAAGCGUUAUCAUUGAUCUUGCCUCAUAUUCCGCACAAGAUCUUGGUACCUCACCUACCUGCGUUCCUUCCUUUUAUAACCACGGCGCUAGGUGCAGGCCAUACAGCAAAGUCAGCUACUCGAUUAAUGAUUUAUAAAUCAGGAUUGAAGAUUAUGGAAAUUAUACUUGAAGAAAAUGCCACCAUUAUUGAGCUGAAGGUGUCGACGAUUGUGCCACGUUUAGCCCAGUUAGCAGCAGGUACCAACGAUGGUGGUGUUGUUGUUGCUGUUGAUGAUGGGCAAGUAAAGAAGCAAGCUUUGGCCAAUUUGAUUCUUGUGUUUACGAAAUUCGAUCAUGAUGUGAUUGAGCCGUUUAAGAAACCAGUGUUGAAACAGUUGGAACUUUGUUUGGACGAUAAGAGGAGAAGUGUGAGAAAAUUGGCGAUUGAUUUACGUCAAAUCCUCUACGAAAUGAGAUAA